AUGGAGGAGUCGUGGAGCCCAGCGUCACUACUGCCGGUGUCUCUUACGCGCCUCACGGAAGCUCUGAGGGUGUGGAACAAGCAGGUGUUUGGUAAUAUUUUUCGCAGGAAGAAGGCUUUAAUUUCGAAGUUGCGCAAGCUGGAAAUGGACAACGAACUCCACAACACUGAUCGAUCGGUUUCUCUUGAAGACUCCACCAGGAAAGAGCUAGAGCAAACUCUCUGGGAGGAACAAUUGUUAUGGGUUCAGAAAUCGAGGACUAGCUGGGUGAAUGAAGGCGACCGGAACACCGGGUUCUUCCACCUGUCCACCCUGAAGAGGCGGAGAUUCAAUAGGAUUGUGGCCCUUCGAACAGAGGAUGGAACGUGGUUUCAGGAUGAAUCUCUUUUGCAGGGCAUGGAUUGA